AUGGCACCCUCUUCCACAUCCUCCUCAGCACCCGCUGGCCAACACGCACCCACCAACUCUCCCUUUGCCGAACCUGAAAAGACCACCGAAUACGCCUCCAUCAUCCCCCACCCACGCAGCAAUGAAACCGACCAAGACCGUCUGCAACUCCAACGCACAGUCUCCUCCGUCAGCCACCACGACAUGGCCAACGUCCAAUACAUCGCCACCGGCGAUAACGACGUCAUCUACAACAAAUUCACCGAGCGCCGCAAAAUGGUCAUCGUAGCCGUAGUCUCUUUUUGCAGUUUCCUAGCCCCGAUAUCGAGUACGACGGUGUUGUCUGCUGUUCCUGAAGUAGCGCAGACGUUUGAUACGGAUGGCAGUAUUAUUAAUGUGUCCAAUGCUUUGUAUAUGCUUUUCAUGGGCUUGUCGCCGUGCUUUUAUGGUCCGUAUGGGAAUAUCUAUGGCAGGAAGUGGACCGAGCGCGCAACAGCCCUAGGCUGGUUCCUCAGCGGCACCCUCAUCGGCCCCGCCCUCGGCCCCUUCAUCGGCGGCAUAAUCGUAACAUUCCGUUCCUGGCGCGACAUCUUCUGGCUGCAAACCGCCCUCGCCGGCGCCGCAACCCUCUUCUGCUUCUUUCUGCAACCCGAAACCAUCCACAAGAAGCGCGCCGACGAACUCGUCGGCCUCCCCACUGCACAACGCGCCCACAAAAUGUGGCAGUGGCUCAACCCUUUCCGUGUGGUGAAGCUGUACCGGUACCCUAAUAUCCUCUUAACGGCGCUGGCGAGUAGUAGUCUCGUGUGGAACAUGUAUAGUCUGUUAACGCCGAUUCGCUACGUACUAAACCCACGGUUCGAUCUCCAGAGCCCCCUCCAAUCCGGCCUCUUCUACAUCGCCCCCGGCUGCGGCUACCUCCUGGGCACCUUCUUCGGCGGCCGCUACGCUGACCACAUUGUCAAAAAAUACAUCCGCCUCCGCGGCCACCGCGUCUCCGAAGACCGCCUCCGCUCCUGCGUCUUCUUCCUCGGGGUCGUCAUUCCCGCCUGCAUGCUGAUCUACGGGUGGAGCGUCGAGAAAAGGGUUGGCGGCAUCGCGCUGCCUGUUGUAAUGAUGUUUCUUCAAGGUGUGGCUCAACUGUUUUGUUUUCCGAGUCUGAAUACGUAUUGUCUUGAUGUUAUGCAGGGGAGGAGUGCGGAGGUUGUGGCUGGGAAUUAUUUUAUGCGGUAUAUGUUUGCUGCGGGUGGGUCGGCGGUUUGUCUUCCUGCGGUGAGGGCUAUUGGGGUGGGCUGGUUCUCGACGAUCAGCGCGGGGUUCCUUGUUGCUGGAGCGGGCGCGACGUGGUUGACUGCUGUGAAGGGAAGGGAGUGGAGGGAGGGGAUUGAGGAGAGGAAGGCGCAGAGGAAGGAGGAGGCGUUGGCGUGA